AUGGAGCCUUUGCGACGGCCACAAGAGCGUCGCCGUGUGCCUCCUCUUCGAAUACGUUUGCCGAAACGUAGAGAAGUGAGGAAGAGGGUGCCUGCGAGGUCACGGGAUUACUCGCCUCCAGGGCGUACAUUUCGUAGAAAGUUAAGUCGUAAUUCGGCUGUUCCACAACAGGAAAGUGUAGCAGUUGUCCAACCUGCGGCUAGGAAGUCAAGGAGGUCAUCGCGUUUGAUAAAAACUUCAAAUGCUCAAAAUGACCAUGUGGGGUAA